CGACGAUUCACUGGGGUCCAAUAGAAAACAGCGGCUGACGAUUUGUAAGGCUGGGCAGUGCGCAUCUCCUCACUAGGCGCCUGGACCGAGGCAGCAUGAAGUUAAGCUAUGCACCCUACUCCUGUAUAUUCACAUGUUGGCCGCGGAGAAUUUUCGGAAGUCUAUGAACCAGCAGAAGAUACAUUUCUACUUAUUGAUGCUUUGGAAGGAGAAGUUGAUGAGCUCGCAGCUCGGGUUGAGCUCUGCCUUGAAAUUGGCUGUGGGUCUGGUGUUGUGUCAGCAUUUGUAGCAUCAAUUAUUGGACCAAAAGCUCUCUAUCUAUGUACUGAUGUUAAUCCCUUGGCAGCUUCAUGUACCCUUGAGACGGCACGCACCAACAAAGUACUCAUUGAGCCAGUUAUAACUGACCUGGCCAGUGGGCUUUUACCAAGGCUGCAGGGCCAAAUCGAUCUUCUUUUGUUUAAUCCCCCUUAUGUGGUCACACCUUCAGAGGAAGUAGGAGGUAAUGGAAUACAAGCUGCCUGGGCAGGAGGUAAAAAUGGUCGGGAAGUUAUGGACAGAAUUUUUCCCCUGGUUCCUAAGCUUUUGUCUCCUAAAGGCUUCUUCUACCUUUUAGUACUAAAAGAAAAUAAUCCAGAUGAGAUUGUGGAACAAUUGAAGUCAUAUGGAUUACAAGGAUCUGAAUUGCUUUCUAGAAAAGCAGGGAGAGAACAUCUGCUUGUUCUUAAAUUCUGGAGGUCUCCACAAUGACAUGAACAUUCAGUGCCAUGUACUGGGUUUCCUCUGUGAGGAAGAUCAAAUAUUUUCUGGAAACCUACAUAAUUGUAUGUAUGAACCCACAGGAUCCUACAUUAACAUUUCGAUACCCCAUCACUUGUUCUUGCUUCCAGUAACCUCAAUGAGCUCUCUGUGCCACUCAACAGUGUCAGUAUUCUGACUGCCAGUCCAGUAAUUUUUUCCUCUAGAAGAAUACCUCUUUCACAAGCUGUGUACCCUAAACUGGAAAUGAUCAGCCCCCUACAUUUACUGGCUGGCAUUGUACUACACUUAAAAUCCAUGUUGGCUAAUCUGAAAGUUGGACAAUUUUCCAGCACCUGCUGAGUGGUGAUCAGAAUAAGAAAUUAAGAGAAAUCAUGUGAAUGGACAGGAUGAAAACACUGAAAUCCUCCCAAGGGGACUCAUAACUUGAACUAAAAAAAAUCAACCGGAGUUAGGAUUUUAGACUGCUAAAAACAAACGUGCACCUAUUGCUGGGAGCUAUGAAGGCCAAUGGCAAGGUUUGGUUAGUAAAGUGUCUGGGAUCGGAAGGCAACAUACAAUGGAUACUCUUUUCUGUGGGUGUUUUAUGUGACCCCCCCCCAAUUGAAGGUAGAAUACCCCAUUUAAAAAGGAACUCCAAAAAGAGUGCUGUGGCUAUGUACAACAUCUAAACUGUGUGUCUAUAAUCUUAGCCUCAAAAGGUUUCCAUGCUGCUUCCAGACCCCCUUAGUUUCUGGAAUUAAAGAAUACAUUUCCUUGGGCU